AUGGCCGCCGCCCCCUCCCCACAAACCGGGCCGCGUCUCGCAGCGCUCCUCUCUCCUCUCCGCCGGCCCGCCUCCCUUCCUAGGUCUACCUCCGGGGGGUACGCGAGCAAAGAGGUGUGCCCCUCCUGCAAAUGCGCCUGCCACCUCCCCUCCCGCCCGCCAGGCGGCGCCGGCGCGCAGCCAAAAGGAGCGCGCGCGCGCGGGGAGGAGGCGGAGGGGUCUGCCGCGCAGGCGUGCGCGCGCGCGCCGCGGCUUUUCCCGGGCCCGCUGGGGGCGCGCGCUGCGUCCCCUGCAAAGCGCGAGCCGGGGCGGGGGCGCCGGAGCGGAGGAAACAAAAGGCGAAGGCGGCGGCGGCGGGGCGCGCACGGGGGCGGCAGCGCGGGCCUGGUCCCGGAGCCUGGCGGGCGGUGGCGACGGCGAACGCUGGAGCGAGCGGGCGGUGGCGGCGGCAGGGUGGGCCCUUCCCCGGGCCGGGCGAAGGCGGCGGCGGAGCGGCGGCGCUGCGGCCCCGGCCUCCGUGUGUUCGGAGCGGAGGAAAGAUGGCAGCGGCUGCACUUCCUCUUGCACUUUCACCCCUGGGGGGAGGAGAAGGAGGGGGCGAUACCAACAACACCCCCCCUCUCGCUUGCAGGGAAAAAAAAAAAGAAACGGCGAGCUCGGCGUGGGGGGCCCCCGGCGCCCCCGGCCCUGCACGUGCGCACCCGGAUCCCUGGUCCGGGCCGCCCGGCGCUGCAAACUUUCCACUUUCUUUGUGCCGAGCGCCCCCCCCUCACCCAGCCGAGGAUGCACGUCCCCCCUUCCCUAUUUAUACACCCCCCCCCGCAGCUCCGCUCCCCCCGCUUCCUGCCCCCCCUCCCCAUUCCCCAGCUCCGCCAAUGCUGGCGCAGACUGAGCCCCCGUCCGGCCCCCGCCUCCCCACCCCGCCCGCGGGGCCGGGGGCUACAGUCUCAGCCCCCCCGGACCAAUGCAAACGAAGCGCCAAGCCAGCAAACCAGCUCCUACUGUCCCUCCCUCCCCGCCGAGAGUGGCGGCGAGCGGACGGGAGGGAGGGGUGAGGGACCGAGGGGUGCAGACCUGGGCCCCCCAGCCUGUGGUGUGCACCCGUUUUGAAGUUCCCUGAGGACAGGGACAGGGUGUUGAUAAUAAGCAGAGAACAUUCAUCGUGCCAUGGUUCUGAGUGCAUUACUGAGUUGACCCUCUGUAAUUCUCAAAACACCCUCAUGAGGUGCCUACCCUGGGAUUCUCAUUUUAUGGAUGAAGAAACAGGACGGGCCAGAGAGAGAGGAGGAGGAACAUAGGGAGAGAGACAAGCAGACUCUGCGCUGAGCACAGAGCCCAAUGAGGGGCUCGAUGCCAUGACCCCGAGAUCACGACCUGAGCCAAAAUCAAGAGUCGGACUCUUAACCAACUGAGCCGCCCAGGUGCCCCUGUGUCUGGCUGUCUAAUGACAAUAGCGACAAGAUUAUUCAUGGUACAAUCACAGUACCUCAAGCAGGAGCCAAACAGAUGGGAGUUCAAAUUCCAGUUCUGCCUCUUGCUGACAGUGUAGCUCUGGGUGUAGCUCUGGGUGACCUGUGCCAGUGUAUUUAGUCCUGCCAGCCUCCCUCUGAGGGUAGGCUGAUUGCCCCCUUUUUAGAGGUAACUGGGAAGUAAGGUGGUUCCUCCAAGCCUGCACCAGUGAGGGGUGGGGUCCAAAUUGAGUGCAGGCCUCCCUAACUCCAACAGCCAGGCUCUUUCCACUGAACCUGGGCCUCUUUUCUUUCUCUUGACAAUUGGAUUUCCUUUGUGACUGGAAGGAGUGUGCAAAUCAUCUGCCUGUUCUGUUCUUCCUGUUCUCUUUGAGCCUCACCAAAGACCCUGCAAGAGGCACAGGCUCAGAAGCUCCUGCUCCUGCCCCCACCAGGGUUAUCUAGGGCCCUCUGUGCUGUGGUCUUCGGGGGUGACAGUGCUCUUGUGGGCCAUGGUUUAUCAUCAACAGUAUUUCCUGCCUCUUUGUCACCAGCAGGACCUUAACUCACACACACGCACACACAAACACACGAAAGACAAAUGGCCAACUGAAGAAAAUGGACUACAGAUGACAGAGAAAGAGUUCAUAUCCUAAAGGUCAAUGGAGUUCUUAAAGGUGGAUUAAAAAAAAAAUCAAGA